UCAUCACACGUUCAGGCAAAACUCUGAUAAGUGUGUGAUGGAGGAUCGGUCUCUGCUGCGGAAUAUAAGACAAACUCCUAAACCGAGUCUCCCAGUCCUGAUAAUCUCCAAACUGGUGGCGUUGGCGUUACCCAUCUCACAGCUCGUCAUUGGUGUGCUGUACCUGAAGGAAUGUCCCCGACAGCCCCUGGUCCCCGUCUACCUGCUCGUCUCAGGUGUGUUUGCGCUUGUCUUAGUCGUCUUGUCGUGUCUCCCUUGUGCUCAGGAGGAGGAGCAAGGGGGCGGAGCCAUCAACACCUUAUGUACUACCUGGAACUCCAUCGUCACAAUCUUUCUUUUUUGCUGGUUUAUUGCAGGUAACGUGUGGGUUUAUUCCAUCUAUGAGCCAAGUUACGACACACACACCCCGGAAUACCGCGAAGACACUCUACCUCUUCGCCUUCUGGACCAUCACCCUCGUCUACAUCAUCAUCGGUCUGAUCAUCACGGCUGGAACCUGCAUCAUGAUCUGCAUGUGUGUGUGCAGUCGAGCAGGAAUCUCCAGCAGCCUUAUUGAUGAUGUCUGAUACACACAACAUGUAACAUCGCACAUCAUACACACAACAUGUAACAUUGCACAUCAUACACACAACAUGUAACAUCGCACAUCAUACACACAACACGCAACAUCGCACACAUCAGACACACAAC